AUGGCAUCCAAACGCGAUCUUUCUGAUCUAGAUGAGGGCGAAGUCACGGAGCCAGAGAUCAAGCGCAAAAGGAAGAACUACCACUCUGGCGGUACGCGACAACAUCAGAACUCCAGCAUCGACUCAACCUGGGGCCAGAAAUACGUCUUCUCGGGCUAUGGCGAUGCGACGACAAUCCCUCCAGGAGAGGAGUCCGACUUUGAGGAUGAUGCGGAAGCUAUGGCAUAUUUGAUGUCUGUAAGGCAAGAAGCAUCCGAUAUACCCCAUCUGCUUGUUGCGCCCAAAGUUCAGAUCGGACCACAGCUACCGCCUGAGCUGAAGCAAGACGGUAGCGACGACAACGCCGAGGGUGACCACGACGGCGACUACGAGUACGAUGGCGAUGGCGAUGUUGACCGAACCACGUAUACAGAUGGAACAGGUGAUGCCAGAGGAUAUUACGAGGAUGGGGCCUACAUCUCCCUGCCUGGGCCUGGAGAAGGAGAGGAGGAGGAGGAAGAGUACGACGAGCCGGGCGAGCUAACGGAGAAGGCGAUCCACGAAGCCUACUUUGCGGCUCUUUUGGAGAAAUAUUCCAAUCUCCGGGAUCUUCUCAACUCGACCCGACCUCCCGACGCCUACUCUCGAUUACCUCCAUCAACCGCGACCGAGGCUGCGCCCUUUGGUCGCAAUUCAUUCACAAUGUCCAAGUGGUCUGGCCUCAUACGCAAGACGGACCCUCUUCCCCUCCAGGUUGCACUCAUAUCCAAGGAUUCUGUUCUGCGCAUCCUAAGAGUCAUCCUCAGCGGCAAGUUUCUUCGCCAAGGACAGCCCAUAUCUGAGCGCACAAGUCGCUGGCUAUGGGCGCUCCUGGCUCGUCUGCCGGAGCGAGGAGAGAUGACCCACGUCGAGAUCGGCUGGGUCCGCGACUUGGGCAGAAGAGCGGUGUUGCUGGGAAGGAGCCUUGCCGAGAUGGCGGCUCUGAGAGAAGAGCUGGAAGAUGGCGGGUUGGGCGUGCAUGAGUACGUGGACGGAAGCAGCAGCGACGAAGAAGAUAUGGUUGAGGAUCCGGAGGCCAAUGAUGGUGUAGACAGCCCAAUUGAUAGAGACGGCACCCCUGAUUUCCCACCCGACGAUCCAAAAAAGGCUAACAGCACUUCCGAAGCUGUCCCUGCUGCUGCUGUUGCUGCUGACCAGCCGGGGGAGAGAAAGCUGACUGAUGGCCAAGAGGAUGAGCUGGAAGAAGGUGAGAUCUCAGAGGAGGAAGACAAUAACGGCAAAGGCAACGGUGAUGACGACGAGGAUGAGGAUGUUGCGAUGGAGAUUGCAUCCAACUCAUCCGUUGGGGAGAAUGAGGCAUCAGCAACAAACCCCGACGACCUAGAAGCUGCAAAGGCUCGGCUCCUAGCACAGGUCGACGAGGCCGAGGCUGAGAAUGAUCAGCUUUCUGCCGAUGAGGCCGCCAGGUACCGUGCUCGUAUGAAUAUGCGCGCGACGGUCAACAUGAUACUCACGAUCGCGGGCGAGUUUUACGGCCAACGAGAUCUACUUGAGUUUCGAGAGCCUUUUGUAGGUAUGUAA